CACCGCAUACUACUACUAUUGCUUCUCCCAACAUGACGUGAUGACAAUUGGAUGCUGUGCAACAUCAAAAUUAAAAUAAGUUACUUUUUACUCAGCAUCUGACGAAAAUGAGUGAUGAUGAAGAGCUGACAGCAUCAGAACUGGGAACGAAGGAAUAUUGGGAUUCUGCAUAUGAACGUGAAUUAUCCAAUUUCGAGAACAAUGGAGAUGUUGGUGAUAUUUGGUUUGGCGAAGAGAGCAUGGAUCGCGUCUUAAAAUGGAUGCUCAAUGCAGAAAAAGUUACUGAAGAAUCAUCUGUUUUAGAUGUUGGAUGUGGAAAUGGUGUGUUUCUUAUUCAUUUGGCAAAUGAAGGUUUUACCAAGCUAUUUGGGAUUGAUUAUUCCGCAAAGGCCAUAGACUUAGCAAAGGCGAUUGCACUGGAUAAGGAUGUUUCUGCAGUUUAUGAGCAAGUUGAUUUGGUAGCAGGUAACAAGACAGAAGGAUUGCUUAACAGAACUUAUGAUGUUGUUCAUGAUAAGGGAACUUAUGAUGCCGUUUCUCUUAAUCCAGAAGACCCUGCGAACAAAAGAUUAGCAUACAUAAAAGGGGUUCAUUGUCUUAUUGAUGAUAGUGGGCUGUUUAUCAUUACUUCUUGCAACUGGACAAAAGAAGAGUUGGAAAAACAGUUUCAGAAUUAUUUCAUUGUUGAUCAUGUGAUUCCAACGCCAUCUUUCAUGUUUGGAGGGAAGGUCGGGUCUCAGGUAACUUGCCUUGUCUUUAGAAAAGUGAAGAAUUGAUGAUUGGUUGUUAUAGGUAAUAAAUUUUAGUAGAC